GAAAUGGUCUGAGUAUAACCGAUGCUCACACACACCUCUAUUUCUUCGCCUUCGCAUCUCAUCGAUCCCCAUCAUCUUCUUCUUCUUCUUCUUCUUCUUCACAUUUUCAUUUGAGUGAUGUGUGUUCUUCACUCCUGUAAUGCGCUACUGCGUGUUCGUUAAUCACACCCCAAUACCCUAACUACCCCCUCUGUUUCUUUCUCCAUUCCAAACCACUCUGUUUCUGUGUUGUUGGGUUAUUGCAUUGGGGGUAUUCGUAUUCGUAUUUCCUGUGCUUUCACGCUAAGAUUGGGUUGCACUGUCAAAAUCAAUCUCUUAGCUAGCCCCUGAUGCAGAUGCUGAUGCACACUCUGCCUCGUUUUUGUUUGUUGGUUGCUGUUGCUGUUGCUCACUCUGUUCUUGCCUUGUACCACAAGUUUCUUCGCUUCUUCAUGGAUUUCCCUUCCACCUUCAAGUUCCUCGCCCAGGCCAGUGAACUCAGUUGCGGCCUCGUCCUCCUUGGUUACUCUCACAUCUUCAACCUCCUUGGCCUCAUUUUGAUAUUCGCCUUCUGCUUCAAGCUCCUCCGUUUAUCCGAAUUCGUAGCCCUACCCAGGUCGCGUUCUCCCCCUAAGACUCCAGCUUUGGAGCCGAACCCUUCGAAAAACUCGGUUUCGGAUGAUGGGGUGGUGGAAGAUAAGGACGAGAAUUUGGAGGACGAGAUGUUCGACGUAAUGUCGCUGAGAAAAUUGGUCAAGUUUGAGCGGCAGAGGUUCCACGCGGCCUGCGCGGAGAUUGAGAAGGAGAGGUCGGCGGCUUCCUCUGCGGCGGAGGAGGCCAUGGCGAUGAUUUUGCGGCUGCAGAGUGAGAAGAGCGCGGUGGAGAUUCAGGCCAAUCAGUUCCGGAGGAUGGUGGAGCAGAAGCAGGAGUAUGACCAGGAAGUGAUUGAAUCGUUGAAGUGGACCGUUAGGCAGCUCGAGUAUCAGAAGAGCGUGAUGGAAGAACAGGUGUUGAUUUACAGGGAGAAACUGAGGGAGUAUAUGAGGGAUGAUGAAAUAGAGCAAAUUGAAGGGGUUGAUGCCGCUAGGGACUUCUGUAAUUUCUCUGUUGAAUAUGAUCUUGAUGCUUCUUUAGAAACACUUUCACAAAGUCCUCGUAGUUGCUAAAUGGAAAUACUUUUUGUGUAACUUUUCUUCCAACUUGGUUUGGUUUCCAUGUGUAAAAUUGUAUCUAUCCACCAACACAUUUAAAUUAACACUGUUGAUGAAAAGCUACAUGAUAGGUUUUGGCAUA